GCAACGAGGAGAAGGUGAAAAACAGAAAAUCAAGAAAAAAGAGGCAAAGCAAGAAGCAAGUUCUACAAGAUGCUCAAAAACUUGAAAGAAAAAAGAAAAUCAAGGGAGAAAGAAGAGGCAAAGCAAAAAGCAAGGUUCUACGGGAUGCUCAACAACCUGAAAGGAAUGAUGCUGAAUUUUGAAUUGUACAUGGGGGUUGUUUCUUUUAUGUUAACAGCCAUAAUAUAUUCCAAAACCAAAAUAUUGGAUCCAUUGCAAUCCUUUAACUCAAUGCUGCAUAUCCCCAACAACAGCAGAAUUGAGUCUUCUAUUCGCUUCACUUCCAUCGCGUUCGGAGCAGAUCAAAUCCAAGGAAUAAAAAAUUCAGAAGUGAGAGGGUAGAGAGAUAUUUCAUGUUCUACUUUGCGGCAUACUUCCUCACCAUUAUAAUUGCUUUCACAGCAAUGUCUGAGAUGCUGGAUAAGCAUGGAUGGAAAGUGGGUUUUGGAGUUCCGAUGAUUUCAAUAUUCAUCUUGGAUAAAUAUGGAUGGAAUGAUGUUCUACAGGAGGCUCAUGAAAAACAUGUUUGUAUUUUUUUUAAGAUAAAUAAAUAUUUUUUAUUUAA